UUGGUCCACAUCAUAUAAAAUAGAAACAUGGCGAACAUUAGUUGUAUUUCAUCUCUUCUUCUGGUUGUUUUAGCGAUUUUCCGGUCUGUUGGGGCCGACAUCGUGAAGGGCUCGGUUCCACUCAAUUCUGGCGUGUUUGACAGGAUAAUAUCGAAACAUAAAGCUGUAUUGGUCAAGUUUGAUGAAACGUAUCCGUAUGGUGAAAAACAAGAUGAAUUUAAAAAGGUUGCGGAGUCCAGUAGUGGACAACCUGAUCUUCUUAUUGCAGAAGUUCAGAUUGCAGAUUAUGGUGAUAAGGACAACAUGGAUUUAGCUGAGCGAUUUAACAUAAAAAAAGAAAAUCAUCCAGUUUAUAAAUUAUUUCUACAAAAUAAAGAAACACCCAUAGAUUAUACUGGAGAUUUCAAAGACGCUGAUGAAAUUAAAAAAUUUAUUAUGAAAGAAUCAGGUCUAUGGUUGGGACUUCCUUCCUGUUUAGAAAAGUUCGACAACCUAGUAUCAGAAUUUUAUAAAAGUCCAGCAGAUAAACGAAAAGGCAUUUUAGCCAGAGCUGAAAAAGCUGCGGAAGGUUUAGAAGACAAAGCAGAAAAAACCUCAGCUGAUACUUACGUUAAAACUAUGAGUAAAAUAUUAGAGAAAGGAGAGGAAUUUAUAGAUACGGAAAUAAAUCGCGUGGAAAAAUUACGGGACGGUAAAGUGAGCGAGAAGAAAAAAGAACAGCUUGGGGAACGAUUAAAUAUUUUAACAUCAUUUCAGAUGCGUAUGAAAGAUGAAUUGUAACUUGAUUUUUCUUUUACUCUGCUCUUUUUUUUAUCUUUUUAAAACUUUCUAUUAAUUAAUCUAAAAGGUUACUGCCAAACUUUUCUGGACAUAAUCACCCAGGAAGUCACUUGAAAUGUUUUCUUGUCAUUCAAUAUCUAUCACUAAAAACAGUAAACUGUCAUGUCUCUAAAUUCUCUUUUGAAAUCCUGAUAAAACCAACUUAUAUAUUUACUUUAAAUAUAUUAUUUUUAUGGGAAUAGGUUUUAGAAAGUCUCUUUUUGAAAUGGGGGAGGGGGGGGGCAAAUGGCUUAAUGUUUAUCAUUGAGUCAAGUGCGCUGUUUCUAUACCAAGCUCGUAUACAAGGAAUCGGGUAGCAUGUCCAACAUCAUGGAUCUCCUUUGGGUCCUCUGGUUUCCUCCCACAGCUAAAGACCCCUUCGCCCAAGCGAAUUAUUGACCUAAUUUGUGUCGAGUGGACGUUAAACCCUAUUUCUCUCUGUCUUAUUUCUAAAAUAAUAAUUUCUGUGUUUUGAUUUUUUUAAAUGUAUCAUUCCUGAUUAUGUUUGAUUUGAAAGAGUAAUGUGUGUUGUUUAUUUUAUAUUGUUGAUUAUUAUGAUUUAAAUUGUGAAUGCUUUAAAACAAGAUUUGGACUAAUUUGUUUUGGCGACGUUUCAAAACAAGCCAUGUCUGUUGGAAGUUUAUGAUUUUGAUAUGUCCGGUGGAAGGUUACGAUUUUGAUGUGUCGUUUCGAAGAUUAUCAAGAUUUUGACGCGUUGGAAGUCGUUGCGUGGUGUAUGUCUGUUUUCGUGAUCCCAGUUGGUGCAGAAAAGUGUGACGUAACGUUAAAAUACAUCUUGAAAUUAUUAACGUCUUGUUUUACUGUAUCCAUGCAUGUUGUUUAAAUGAUGAAAAAAUGAAGAGAUUGAGGCUUUGAUGUUUGUUAUUUAUUUUAAUUAUUCAAAUAAUCAUGGUGUAAUAGGGCAGGUUCCUGUAAUUUUUGCAUGUAUCAUAAAUUUAUCUAAUAAACCAUGGCACCAUAAUAAUUAAAAUGAAGUCAGACAUGUCAAAAAAACGGCCUCUUGUUUGGCCAUAUGGGUCAGUCUGAGGAAACUGGACCUACCUCAUAAUUAAUUAAAAUCUAUUUGUUUUUUUCUUGGGUAUUCUUCAAUUCACUCAAAUAAUUCACCCAACCCAUGUAUCUUUUUCGUCUAAAAGUUUAAGAGUUACAUACAUGUAAAGAAAACCCUGUAUUUAAUUUAGAAUUCAACUCCUAUAUUUUUAUAUCUAAAUUGACUCAUUCUCUUUUUGAUUAAAUUCAGAAUAAUGGACAGAUAAACUUAUUUUUAUUAUGCAUUUAGCUGAACUUAACAUGGUCGCCAGUUUAAAUACUUAAGCUUUAUAAAUACUCCCCAAUGAUUUUAUGAAAACCCCCCGAUUAUUUUUUGUUUUGUGCGAUAUUUUUUAUGACGGUUGUUUUUUUUCAGUCUGUUUAUUAUUUAUUGUAGGUGUCGUACAUACCAGUAAAAUGAUUUGUAUUUUAUGUAAUUAUUUUGUAACAACGAUUCUCAUUGGUUAUUAAAGGGUACAAGUUUUAAA